AGAAGAAGAGUAAUCGAGGUCAACAAGAUCCACGCCUUUGUUGGUCAGCGAAAAACAAGACAAGAGACACAAAUGUCAUACUCAGAGAUCAAACGUGAGCCAUGACGACAUAGGACUCAGCUCCAUACUGCACACCACAAUCCUUUCUUUCUUUUAGAUUUCUCAUUCUCUCUUCAAAAACUACUACACUAAUCACUCUCUCUAUGAAUUUUGAUUGAGAGAGCCCUAGAACAUUUACGUUUCUGGAUUUUAAACAAUUCGUUGGCCAACACAGAAAGGGUGCAUGGUCAUUUUUGCUGGCUUGAAUUUUGGGUUUGGUGCAAUUUUCAGAAGCUGAGAAGUAAAAAGGAAAGGAAAGAUAAUGGAGGACCUGUGGAUGGUGUUUUGUGGGGAAUCUGGCAAUCUGGAUAUUGGUGAAAAGUUAUCUAGUUCUAGUCUGGUGUUUCAGCCAACUUCAUGUGUCAAUCAUGCGUUGAUUAUUUGUUUCAAUGUUUUGCUUCUAGCCAUGCUCUUACUCACUUGCAUACAAAAAUCUUCUUCACCAUUAAAAAAAGAUAAUAUCCAACCUCGAUUGCGGGGCUAUUCAAGGCUGCGGAUAGUUUCUGCUAUAUUCAAUGGUUGUAUUGGAUUUGUGUACUUGUGCUUGGGCAUAUGGAUUUUAGAAGAGCAGUUGAGGAAAAACCAGACCGCCUUACCUUUGAAAAGCUGGUUGGUGGUGUUGUUUCAGGGGUUUACAUGGCUUUUAGUGGGUUUAACCAUAAGCCUUCGAGGGAAGCAUCUUCAAAGAACUCCCUUGCGGCUGUUGUCCAUACUUGCUUUCUUGUUUGCUGGAAUUGUCUGUGCUUUCUCCAUAUACAGUGUCAUUUUAGGAAAAGCAAUAUUGGUUAAGAUAGCUUUGGAUGUCCUGUCCUUUCCAGGAUCAAUAUUGUUAUUGGUAUGUGUUUACAAGGUAUAUAAACAUGAAGGGAGUUGUGAAAGUGACCUAUAUGCACCAUUAAAUGGCGAGGCCAAUGGUGCAAGUAGAACAGAUUCUGUUGUCAGAGUUACUCUAUUUGCUGAAGCCGGAUUCUUUAAUAAAAUGUCAUUUUGGUGGUUGAAUCCAAUGAUGAAAAUGGGCAAGGCGAAAACUCUGGAGGAUGAGGAUAUACCAAAGCUGCGAGUGGAAGACCGUGCAGAAAGCUGUUAUUUUGAGUUUCUGGAGCAACUGAACAAGCAUAAACAAGCUGAAUCAUCUCAACCAUCUCUGUUGUGGAUAAUUAUAUUUUGCCACUGGAAGGAGAUUCUAAUUUCUGGACUCUUUGCUUUGCUAAAGAUACUUACUUUGUCUGCUGGGCCUCUACUUCUUAAUGCCUUCAUUUUGGUUGCUGAAGGGAAAGCAGGUUUUAAGUAUGAAGGUUAUGUACUGGCCUUGACGCUCUUCUUUUCAAAGAACUUAGAGUCCGUAGCGCAAAGGCAAUGGUAUUUUAGGAGCAGGCUUAUUGGUUUGAAAGUAAAGUCCUUGCUCACGGCUGCAAUAUACAAUAAGCAACUGAGGUUAUCCAAUCUUGGUAGGUUGACGCACUCGAGUGGUGAAGUAAUGAACUAUGUUACUGUAGAUGCCUACAGGAUAGGUGAGUUUCCCUUCUGGUUUCAUCAGACAUGGACAACAAGCUUGCAGCUCUGCAUCUCUCUUGUAAUUCUUUACCGAGCAAUGGGACUUGCAACUUUUGCUGCCUUAGUGGUUAUAAUAAUCACCGUGCUGUGCAACGCUCCGCUAGCAAAGUUACAACAUAAAUUUCAGUCUAAGCUUAUGGUGGCGCAAGAUGAGAGAUUGAAAGCUUGCAACGAGGCUCUGGUUAACAUGAAGGUAUUGAAAUUAUAUGCUUGGGAAACCCAUUUUAAGAAUGCCAUAGAAAAUUUGAGAGAGGUGGAGUAUAAAUGGUUGUCAGCAGUGCAGAUGCGCAGAGCCUAUAAUAGUUUUCUCUUCUGGUCUUCUCCUGUUUUGGUUUCUGCUGUUACCUUUGGGGCAUGCUAUUUCAUGAAAAUUCCUCUGCAUGCUAAUAAUGUUUUCACCUUUGUGGCGACUUUGCGUCUCGUUCAAGAACCAAUUAGAUCAAUCCCUGAUGUUAUUGGAGUUGUCAUUCAAGCAAAGGUAGCUUUUGCUCGAAUUGUAAAGUUUCUCGAAGCGCCAGAGUUGCAGAGUAGAAAUGUUCAGCAAAGGCGCAAUACGGGGAGUGUGAACCAUUCUGUUUUAAUCAAGUCAGCUGAUUUUUCAUGGGAAGAGAAUUCGUCAAAGCCCACAUUGAGAAAUGUGAGUUUAAAGAUCAUGCCUGGUGAAAAGGUGGCUGUCUGUGGAGAAGUUGGAUCUGGCAAGUCAACCCUUUUAGCAGCAAUCCUCGGAGAAGUUCCGCAUACAAAGGGAACUAUUCAGGUUUAUGGGAGGAUCGCCUAUGUUUCGCAAACAGCUUGGAUCCAGACGGGAACGAUACAAGAGAGCAUUUUAUUCGGGUCUGAAAUGGAUGGGCAACGAUACCAAGACACACUUGAGCGAUGCUCACUAGUAAAGGACCUUGAGUUGCUUCCUUAUGGUGAUCUUACUGAAAUAGGUGAAAGAGGAGUCAAUUUGAGUGGUGGUCAAAAGCAGCGAAUUCAACUAGCCCGUGCUCUCUAUCAGAACGCAGAUAUAUAUCUCUUGGAUGAUCCAUUCAGCGCUGUGGAUGCAGAGACUGCUACGAGCUUAUUUAAUGAAUAUAUCACGGGAGCACUUUUGGGGAAAACAGUUUUGCUUGUGACACAUCAAGUAGAUUUCUUGCCAGCAUUUGACUCUGUUAUGUUGAUGUCAGAUGGAGAAAUCCUACAAGCAGCUCCUUAUCAUAAGUUGUUGUCCUCAAGCCAAGAGUUUCUGGACCUUGUCAAUGCACACAAAGAAACAGCUGGUUCUGAAAGGCUUCCAGAAGCUAAUGCUCUGCAAAGACAAGGAUCAUCUGCCCGGGAGAUCAAGAAGAGUUAUGAAGAGAAGCAGCUUAAAACAUCUCAAGGAGAUCAACUGAUUAAGCAGGAAGAAAAAGAAACAGGAGACACCGGGUUUAAGCCUUAUAUUGAGUAUCUGAAUCAAAAUAAAGGAUACUUGUACUUUUCUCUUGCGUCUUUUGGUCACCUGCUAUUUGUGACUGGUCAGAUAUCGCAAAACUCUUGGAUGGCAGCUAAUGUUGAUGAUCCUCAUGUUAGCACAUUGCGUUUAAUUGUGAUCUAUCUUAGUAUAGGAGUUAUCUCAAUGCUUUUCUUGCUAUGUAGAUCGAUCUUUACAGUUGUUUUGGGUCUUCAAUCCUCAAAAUCGUUAUUUUCCCAGUUACUACUUUCUCUUUUUCGUGCACCUAUGUCUUUCUACGACUCCACGCCUCUUGGAAGAAUACUGAGUCGGGUCGCGUCAGACCUGAGCAUUGUCGAUCUUGAUGUUCCAUUCAGUUUGAUAUUUGCUGUUGGUGCAACAACAAAUGCUUAUAGUAAUCUGGGAGUACUAGCUGUUGUUACCUGGCAAGUUUUAUUUGUCUCCAUACCAAUGGUUUUUCUGGCUAUUCGUUUACAGAGAUAUUACUUUGCCUCUGCGAAAGAGUUGAUGCGGAUCAAUGGCACAACCAAGUCUUUAGUGGCAAAUCAUUUAGCUGAAUCUGUAGCUGGAGCCUUGACAAUAAGGGCCUUUAAGGGGGAAGAACGUUUCUUUGCAAAAAACCUUCACCUCAUUGACAUAAAUGCUAGUCCUUUCUUCCACAGUUUUGCUGCAAAUGAGUGGUUGAUUCAACGACUUGAAACAUUCUGUGCAGCUAUUCUUGCCUCUGCAGCACUCUGCGUGGUUUUGCUCCCCCCUGGAACUUUUAGCUCUGGAUUUAUUGGAAUGGCACUUUCGUAUGGACUUUCAUUAAAUAUGUCCUUCGUGAUGUCAAUUCAAAACCAGUGCAUGGUAGCAAAUUACAUCAUUUCGGUUGAAAGGCUGAAUCAAUACAUGCAUAUACCAAGUGAAGCCCCAGAGGUGAUAGAAGAUAACCGUCCUCCAUCUGAUUGGCCAACAGUGGGUAAAGUGGAUAUUUGUGAUCUACAGAUUAGAUAUAGGCCUGGCACACCACUAGUUCUUCGAGGAAUCAGUUGCACAUUUGAAGGAGGUCACAAGAUUGGUAUUGUUGGUCGAACCGGCAGUGGGAAGACUACUCUUAUUGGUGCUCUAUUCCGACUGGUGGAACCAACUGGAGGAAAGAUCAUUGUAGAUGGAAUAGACAUCUCUAAGAUUGGACUUCAUGAUCUGAGGUCACGAUUCGGAAUAAUACCUCAAGAUCCUACUCUCUUUAACGGGACAGUGAGGUACAACUUGGAUCCCUUAUCCCAGCAUACUGACCAGGAGAUAUGGGAGGUUCUUGGAAAGUGUCAGCUUCAAGAGGCUGUGCAGGAGAAAGAGCAGGGUCUAGAUUCUCUAGUUGUGGAAGACGGAUCAAAUUGGAGCAUGGGGCAGAGACAAUUAUUUUGCUUGGGCCGUGCCCUUUUAAGGAGAAGCAGGGUAUUGGUGCUUGAUGAAGCAACUGCAUCAAUUGAUAACGCUACUGACUUGAUUUUGCAAAAGACUAUCCGGACUGAAUUUUCAGAUUGCACUGUGAUCACAGUAGCUCACAGGAUACCGACGGUGAUGGAUUGCUCAAUGGUACUUGCCAUUAGUGAUGGAAAACUAGUCGAGUACGACGAGCCAAGGAACUUAAUGAAGACCGAAGGUUCACUAUUUGGACAGCUUGUGAAGGAGUACUGGUCUCAUUUACACGCAGCAGAAUCACAUUGAAGCUGACGAUCAUUUCUCAUGCAUCCCGUUCCACAAUCCACCCUGGCUUGGCAGCAAAGAUAAAGAGUUCCAGGGCCAGGUAGGAAGAAGGAUGUAUAGUGUUGCAACAAUGAAUACUGUGGGGAUAAGGAGGAAGAUUGGAAAAGGGAACAUAAUUUCCUAUCUCCUUAGUUUUGUAACUGUAUUCAAACAUCAAGCUCGUUAGUUUCUGCAGGGAAAUUGAAUGUGUAGUGUCAAGAGCUUGGCUAUUCUGAUUUACAGGUUGCAGACUUGCCUGUUUUAUGA